AUGACUGUAUUCUGUGUGCCGGGCUACAUCCGCCAGUCGGACGAGUACCUCCGUACACUAAACAGGUUUCUCACUGCUGGGGCCAAUUUCGGCGCCAAGAUGUAUCUCAGUAGCUCUAACCUGCGCCUUUCGAGUCUUGUACAAUGGUGGCCGAACAAGGGGGAGGAAUCAUCGGUUUUCGAUGCGCUUCUUCAAGGCCUCCAGGCCCGGGCGAAAAUGGACGGUAUGCAACAGGCCAACGGCAGAUUUAUGUCAGAAGUGGUUUGCACAAUCCUUGUUCAUGAGAAGACACCCAGACAUUAUGUUAGCAGCUUGGGUGACAUACUACCUCAAGUUUUUAGUGAGCAUAUCGCCAAGCCGCUUCUGCGGAUGAUCGGCAAUACGUCUGACAACUGCCAGGGCCCGAGCGAGAAGGACAAAAAGAGACAAUGUGAGACUAUAGAUAUUCUUGAUUGCGACAAGAGGCGCAAGGCAAAGAUCUAA